GUGAGCUCCAAUAAAAAAUGGAGAAGCGUCGAGGCGCCUCCCGCAACUCCGCUUCCGGCUCGGCUGUCAAGGUUGCUUCCCACCCAGGUUCUUCCUCGCUGCUUCUAGUUCCCGGCGCUUUGCCGGGCAUUAAUGGCGGCCAACGUUAUCGCGGGUCCUGCGGCUUUCUCCCUAAAGUGUUACAGAAACUAAGGGCGCCGCUUAAGGAACUGCAGAAGACGCAGGCAGGUGAAGGACACUGGUUCUGCAGCGACGUGGAAUGUAGCGGAGAAGCUGGCGGGGAGGACAGGGAGCAGGCCUGGGAGGUUCUGGCCGACCCCACCAUUGAACAGGGCUUGGUGUAUCAUUGCUUCUAGGCCUUUUCAGCGGACAGAACUGGGAUGCAUACACACACGCUUAUUUGAAAUCAUGCGUUUGUUCCAUACUCCAAUUUCAGCCCACUCCUUUGCCCAAGUUGCUCUAUGGUCAAGUGAGAGAAAGCAGGUGCCUGCAUUUCCAACCUCCUGGCUCACUGCCUCCUUCUUCCAGUAGUCCCAUGUCUCUUCACACCUCUUCAGUACAUGUACAUCUGUGAACCCAGAGCCUUGGCUUUGAAAUCAGACAACUCCAGUUUCAAACGUGGCGCUGCCACUCACGAGUUUUGUAAUUUUGGCAUACCCCUGUCUGUGCAUGGUGAUAACUUCUAUCUCCAUGGGUGUGGUGAGAAUAAGAGUCUAUGAAUAGAAGAAAUGUUCAUUCAGUGGUAGCUAUUUCUUACUAAUUCUAUUCUUUUGAACCUAUGAUUCUAUCUACGAUGCCUCAUUUUUUUUCCUUUUUAAAAAUCGGUUGGCAAAGUUGUGCUCUGAGACCCAGCUUGUCACAUCUCUGAUGACAGCUGAUAUCCUCAGGAUGUUCCUUACUCCCUUUCCUCGCUAUUAUUUUACUAUGAACAUAUGAAUAACAUUAUUGUGCUUAUUACAUGCAACAAAUAUUUAUCGGAUGAAUGACAUUAAAAUUCACAUUUAAAAUGCCAUCCUUUUUGAGAGCUGAGAACUAGAACUUUGCCUUCAACAUGGCUGUACAUGUUCAACAAUAGAAUAAAACAGGAAUCGUGAACCCCCCCAAUAGCUGCCUCUCAGUUUUCACCGUUCUCUUAUUAGACCAGUGAUUUUCAAACCUAUCUAAAGGCAUAGAGUGCUUUAUUCAAAUUUAAUCUUAUAUGAAACGCCUAAUACAUGGAUAAAUGUAAACAGAUAAAUAAAGCUGCCAUUGUUGCAAUUGGAAAUUUGAGAGAUUAGAAUAGGUAGGAGGUCUCAGGAGAACAUUUCUUCCCUUUACCUGCUUUAACAGUCAGAGAAGUACCUCAGUCUGCGGAAAAAUUUAUUUGUUCAUAAAUUCCUUGAGCAUAAAAUCCAUAUCUUACUUUCGUGGCUCCAAUGCUAGUGCUGUGCAGUUUUCUUGAAAGUACAUUUUAUUGGUCUCAGCAAAUUGAACUCAAGCAUUUCUGUGUUCUUUUACUUUUCCUCUUUGUGGAAUUAAAUGGAUUGCUAAUUUU